UUUUCUUUCAGUUCCCCUGCCGGAAAGAUGAUUGUGGAACAUAAACAGGAAGCGGCUGGGCAGGUUUUUAUCGGGGAGUUGCUGGAUAGCCAUUGCAGUGUCGUGGCUCAGUAACAAAACACGAAAAAGGAGAGGAAGACCUGGCAUUUCGCAGGCUCUCUUUUGGACCGAGAGACCAAUUUACAUGACUGAAAGAGCGAACACACUCUGUAAAUUAUUCUACACAUAAAUAAAGGGAUUCAACAGCUCCGGAUAUGUCAUUCAUAUUGGAUUGGAUUUCAAUAGGUUUCAAUAGCGUACUACAGUUGUUAGGACUGUAUAAGAAAUCGGGCAAGUUAGUAUUUCUUGGCCUGGACAAUGCUGGCAAAACAACGCUACUGCACAUGCUUAAAGAUGACAGAUUGGGACAGCAUGUGCCAACUUUACAUCCAACUUCGGAAGAGCUGACGAUUGCUGGCAUGACUUUUACCACCUUCGACCUUGGAGGCCACGCACAAGCCCGCAGAGUGUGGAAAAACUACCUCCCCGCCAUAAAUGGUAUUGUCUUCCUCGUGGAUUGUGCAGAUAUCACCAGAUUGGCCGAAUCAAAAGCAGAACUUGAUGCAUUAAUGACGGACGAGACUAUCGGAAACGUGCCUAUCCUGAUCCUGGGCAACAAGAUUGACAGACCAGAGGCCAUCAGCGAGGAGAAGCUGAGAGAAAUCUUUGGAUUGUAUGGACAGACAACAGGCAAGGGCACCAUUGCCAUUAAGGAGCUGAACACAAGACCACUUGAAGUGUUCAUGUGCAGUGUGUUGAAGAGGCAGGGCUACGGUGAGGGCUUCCGCUGGCUCUCCCAGUAUAUCGACUAAAGCAGUCAAGCCCUGUAACACACCACCACCACCACCAGGGGCGCUAAACUCAACCACUCAAGACGCCCACCAUUGCCACCAGUACCAUCAUACUCAGCCCCAUGUUUGGUUAAACCAGUCUGCCUCCACCUUCAGAGAAACCAGUACAACUUGAUCCCAAUAGACUUAUAUUGGUCGAACAUUUGGUUCCGCACUUACAGAAUUCAUACCUGUACGCGCGCAUACACUCGUUUCCAUCUGUCUUUUUCUACGAGAGUAACAUAGCAUUGGUUCCACAGCAAAUUCAAACGGAUAAAUCUUUUCUAUGUUGUCUGUCGUUUGCUGCCCUCUCUCCCUACCUGCCAUCUGUUGAGUGUGAUGAUAGAUGCAUUAUAACUGUAAAUCUGUUCAUGAUUCCAUUGGUAUAUCAACAAUCCUUGAUGCCUCUUCCCCGCCAUUUUGAGGAAUGAAGGCAAGCAACAUUGUAGUACUUUUUUUUUUUUUUUUAAACAGUAAAGACAUUCAUUCAGCAUUGUAUGUAAUCGACACAUUUUGGUUUGUCCUUGUUUUUUUUACAUGAUUUCAGUAAAUAAACUGUGUGGCCAUGUAUACAGCCCUUACUAUAGACUUACAGAUGGGUGGCUGUUUCACCCAUUUAACAAAAUGGACCAGUGCAUUUAUCUUUACGUAUCAGAAAUUAGAUAAUUUCUUUAGGGUUACUUGUAAGUUAACGACUUUAGUCCCAGACGUUUAUCUUGUGGGCAUAGUGACAUCGAAUGGACCCAAGUAGGCUUUGGGCUCCCUUUCUUUUUUUCUUUUUUUUAGAGAGAAGCAUGGGUGGUAGUAUAGCAGAUGGAAGAAGAAUUUUAUUAGAAAAUGCGGGCUAUAACCCUGGCAAGGUUUGAUAAAAUCGUGCGCAAUGGUCAGUUGCAGAUGCGAAGAGAAAUAUUUAAAUGAAAUUGGGGAUAAAUAGCUCGAUAAUAACAGUACUAGAUAAUGGGAGGAAUAAACAGAUGGUUGGAACAUCUAGAAAUUGUCAAUGUAAGAAGUCCAUCCUAGAGAUAUAUAUUUUCUGGCACAGACCUUUGUACAGGGUGACUCUAGCAACCAAGCGUAGAUAACGGAGGGCACAGUCCCACAGCAGGAACAGGUAGAUAGGCCUAAGAAGCCUCUAAGAAAGGGACCAUAAAUAUAUGAAAUGUACAUGUACAUCGUACAUGGAUUUUGCAUUUAUAAGUGGUAUCCUUUGUUCUAUGUGCAUUACCAGAAACUAUUAUGCAUGCCUUGUUAUUUUGACUUUUAAUAACCAUUAUUCCAGAGAGUACAGAAAGAGGGGAAAUAUGCCAAAAUUUACAAUGAGAGCUGAUUGUCAUGUUUUUUUAACGGAAACAAUUGAAUUGCACGUAAUACACACUUUUUCUGUCCCUGUCCCUUUGUGUCUUUCAUUCCCUCAUGACUAUGUGAUGAGCUGUUCCAACAAGGGCGGGAAUGCUAUUGUUUGCAUCAUAAAAAUGUAAUAAAUGUUUUCAAUGAAUAACAGGCUUUAACAUUGA